AUGGACGCGUCCGAGAGAAAAUUUAUCGCUCAAUAUGCUAGGCAGCACCCUGAUGCCACCGAUGAGGAAAUUCAUGAAGAGUACCUCAAAACACAGCAAGGUAAAGAGGGUGUGUUAGAGCCGUCGGUAGAUAGUACUGAAAGCGAAGAAGAGGAAAUCGUCCGGGUGGCUUUUGAUAGACCUUUUCAAGAUCCAAGUGACCUGUCGGAAAGGUUCAUGGCCUUUAUUGACAAGUGUUCAUAUGAAUAUGAAACGACGAAAGACUAUUAUGCACCAUAUGCAACCUUAAUUCAAGCCAGUGGCACGGGAAAAUCCAAAUUAUUGAAGAAUUUUGCGGAAAAUAGAAUGACUUUUGAAAAUGAACGUGAUGUCAUAGUUACAUAUCUUGCAUACGUAUGUGCAUGUUGUAAAAGGUUAGAGGAAUUCAAUGGAAGUUGCAAAGAGUGGUUUGAUGAACAUAUCAACAAAAAAUCACAGGUGGAUUUCUGGAAGAAUGUUGAAUACAGAAUGUCUGAUAUUAUGCGUGGGCUUAUGAAGAAUCCUACAGACAGCAAGAUGACUGAAUGGGUCACUAACUACUUGGAUGGCGGAAAAUUGAUGAUGUGGGAAAGUUCAGUUAAUUGUUUGUUUGCCUUUGAUGAAGCUCGUUCCCUGUUGCUGCGAAGGGGUCUAAAUUAUUUGAGCCAUUUUAUUUGUUGGACACUGGAUAUGAAUACUAUGAAUACUGCUUUUGAAAAAGCACUGACACUACAAGAGUCUGAAGAUCCGCGACAUUUCUUUCAAUAUGGAAGACCUCUGUGGGGUGCACUAUUGUCUCCUUCCAGUGAUGCUGAAGGAUUUAAUCCAGAGUGUAUUAUUGAAUUGGCCAUGGAUAAGCUUAUUGGUGGGAAGUCUUUCAUUCAUUGGAAAACAGAAGCUCAAACCAAAAUUAGUAUUAUGGAAGCCUUGGCUAUUUUUGGACCCCGUCUAUGUAUUGACAUAGUGCCACAAUCUAGAUUUACAUCUCAUUUAAUAGCAAAUUAUUUAUACAUUUGUCUUAAUAUCUCAGAAGAUCGUGAAUGUAUUACUACAUCGAUGCCUACAGAACCUGUGCUGGCAGAGGCAGCCGCUCGAAUGAUGAAUGAUCCAAAUGUCAGUCUCGCAGAGCUUAUUAAUCAGCUUUCUUCAGCACUCAAAAAAGGUGUAGUAGAGGCUGGCUACCAUGGAGAGCUUACUGCCAGGUUAUUGCUUCUUAGAGCUUGGGAUGACUGCAUUAAAAAGAAACAUCCACGCGGUGCGGAUGUUGGCAACGAUUAUUCUCGCUUUGUGACAAUGGAUGAAUUUUUAAAAUCACUACUUGCAGAAAGUAUUUAUAGAAAAAUAGAAGAUCGCCUUAAAGAACAAGUAAAGUUUACGGGAACAAAGUUCGGUGAAGCAUACAUUAGAUUUACACACUUUAUUAAUAUUACGUAUACACCAAGCAGGAAAAUUUUCGGGGAUGCUCUGAUUCGCGGUGUUGCAUUUUCAUGUAAACGAAACCAACGUGGAGUAGAUAUCAUCAUACCUAUAUAUAUAGGCACUAUUCAUGAAAAGCUUAACGAAGAUCAUAUUUCAUACAUCUUAAUACAAGUUAAAAAUUGGACUACGGAUAGUAAUGGCGAUAACUAUUUACUCUCUGCAACAGCUUUGCUGUCACCAGCGUACAUAGGUGUUGAGAAACUUCCACAUAUGCCAUUUUUGUCAUUGUACUUGCAGUUAGGUGCAACAACAGAAUUUGUUGACGUCCAGCUUGCUAAGGUUAAGGCACGCCAAACACGUCAAAUUAACUUGUGCAAACGUAAAAUCGAAGAAGUGCUGAAAGAUUACCAAGCAGAUGAUGAUACAACACGAGAUGAAUUUAUCAAGAAGAUUAGAAUCGACGGCAGUAAGGACGUCUCAGAUGCUGAAAUCACGGCGUUCCGAGAAUGUUUUCAGGUACCACUUGCAUUAUUCGGAUUAUCUUCAAACAUCUAUGGUUGUUUAGAACAGUUUAUGCCGGUCCCUGCAACCUCAUCUUCGACCACCACUAAGGAUCUCACAAGUAACUUUAAGCAACUGUUGACUGCUUGGGUCGAUCCCACAAUGGGCAAACAUCCAGAAAAAGUAGAGAUAAUUAAACGCAUGGUACCAUUUGUAUACGAGAUGGAGUAA